AGGGAGAGAGCGCUGGCAGUGCAGAGAUCCUUGACUCGUUGGCUCUGGCCUGUCAGCAGGUGGUAGAGAGAGAGUUGCUGAGUGACACUCGGUCUGUCAGAGAAAAGACAGAAAGAAGAAAGGUAGAAAGGAGAGAAAGUUAACAAAGCCCCCCCUAAGGCAAUGACCGCUAGACCCCUGUGGAGGGCCCUGUGCCUGCUGGCCCUACUCUGCACAUGGUCACGCACAAGUUCUGCUGACACCCAGCCAGACCCCUCAGCUGCAGAGCAGGAAGUCACCUUGAGCCACAUCUAUAAAAUUGACAUCCCAGGGAGCACCAGCUGCAACCUACAACACAUAUCAACACAGGAUGAAACAGGUCUGCAGAUGGAGACCACAAAAACUGGAAACAAUGACAUUAUCUUCAGACACAACAUCAAGCUGCAGCCACCCAGAUGUGACUGCGAGGAGUCGGAAAGCUUUAAGUCUCUGCUUUACAGAGUCAAUGGACUCGAAGAAGAAGUCAACUACCUUAAGACCCAGUGUGCACAGGGAUGCUGUGGUGCUGCAGGCGUGGACAAAAGCUGUAGUGGCCAUGGUACCUACCAACACGACACCUGCAGCUGCCUCUGUAACAUAGGAUGGGAAGGCCCCGACUGUUCUGAAUCCUCCUGCCCAGAUGAGUGCAACGACAAUGGCCGAUGCGUGGAUGGCCAGUGCGUGUGCUAUGAGGGCUACACCGGAGAAGACUGCAGUGAGCUGACAUGUCCAGACAACUGCAAUGACAAUGGCCGAUGCGUGGAUGGCCAGUGCGUGUGCUAUGAGGGCUACACCGGAGAAGACUGCAGUGAGCUGACAUGUCCAGGCAACUGCAGUGACAAUGGCCGAUGCGUGGAUGGCCAGUGCGUGUGCUACGAGGGCUACACCGGAGAAGACUGCAGCGAACUGACGUGUCCAGGCAACUGCAAUGACAAGGGCCGAUGCGUGGAUGGCCAGUGCGUGUGCCAUGAGGGCUACACCGGAGAAGACUGCAGCGAACUGACCUGUCCAGGCAACUGCAAUGACAAGGGCCAGUGUGUAGAUGGGAAAUGUGUGUGCUUCCCACACUUCACUGGUGAGGAUUGCAGCAUCCAGAAGUGUCCCAAUGACUGCAUGGAUAAUGGCCAGUGUGUGAACGGCAAGUGCAUCUGUGAUGACGGCUUUUACGGGGAGGACUGUUCGUUAGUCUUGGCACCUCAGGGUCUGGAGGUGGUCCAAGUGACUGACGUCUCUCUCCUGGUUGAGUGGGAGUCCGUUCAAGGGGCCGAGUAUUAUGUGUUGACAUAUUAUCCGAAAAAUGACGAGGGUGCGCAGGAGCAGAUUUCGGUCGCCAACACAGAGAACUCCUACCUCAUCACAGGACUGACUCCUGGGGUUACCUACAUUGUCCAAGUACAUGCAGUCAUUAAGGAGAUCCAAAGUGAAGCUGACGAGAUUGAAGCCACCACAGAUGUCUCAACUAUUGAUGGUAUCCGAGUUCUUGGCCAGACAGAGGUCUCUAUUGAGGUGGACUGGCAGAACCCUCAAGCUGAGAUGGAUUACUUCAGGCUUACACACACUGACCCAGAAGGGCAGGAGGAGGAGCUGAAGGUACAGAGGAGCCAAGAGGCGCGCACCAAACACACUAUUGUGGGUUUGUAUCCAGGAACAGAGUAUGUCAUCUCAGUUCAGGCCAUUAAGGGAAACAAUGGGGGCAAAGCUUCUUCUGUCACCGGUGCCACAGAUAUUGAUGCUCCAACAAAUCUCGUCACUACCGAAGUAACAGAGGACACUGCAACAGUCUCCUGGGAUCAAGCCCAGGCUGAAAUAGAGGGAUACAUGCUGAGUUACACUUCUGCUGAGGGAUCCAGUUCAGACAUCUCUGUAGCACGUGAUAGUACCUCAUACAGGCUGAUAGGCUUGAGGCCUGGAGUUCUCCAUACUGUUUAUAUCUGGGCCUAUAAGGGAGACAAAGUCAGCGGAAAAAGUUCAACAGAAGCUGAAACAGACCUGGAUGCUCCUACUAACGUCUUCGCCCAAGAUGAGACAGAGUUCAGCUUCAGGGUGCACUGGGAUCCCCCUCAGGCAGAAAUUGAUGGCUACAUGCUAACAUAUAGCUCUUCUGAGGGCUCAAGUGAAGAAAUUGUAAUUGGGUCUGACAGUACUUCAUACACGCUGACUGGCCUGAGGCCUGGGGUCCUCUACACUGUCUACAUCUGGGCUGUCAAGGGGAGCAAAGCCAGCAGGAAGAUCUCGACACAAGCUGAGACAGAACUGGACGCGCCUGCUAACCUCUUAGCAGAAGAUGAAACAGAAUCCAGCUUCAGUGUGUCAUGGGAUCCCGUCCAGGCAGAAAUUGAUGGCUACAUGCUAACCUACACGUCCUCUGAAGAUGGCUCUAGUGGGGAAAUCCCAGUGGGGGCCGAUGAGUCUGAUUAUUUGUUGACUGGUUUGAGGCCUGGGCUUCUCUACACUGUUUACAUCUGGGCUGUCAGGGGAGACAAAGCCAGCAGGAAGAUCUCAACACAAGCUCAGACAGAACUGGAUGCUCCUGCUAACCUCUUAGCCCGAGAUGAAACAGAAUCCAGCUUCACUGUGUCAUGGGAUCCAGCCCAGGCAGAAAUUGAUGGCUACAUCCUUACCUACACCUCUUCUGAGGGCUCUAGUGAGGAAAUCCCUGUUGGGUCUGACAGGACCUCUUACAUGCUGACUAGCCUGAGGCCUGGAGUUCUCUACACUGUCUACAUCUGGGCCGUCAAGGGGGACAAAGCAACCAGGAAGAUUUCAACAAAAGCACAGACAGACAUUGAUUCUCCCAAGGAUCUGAGGGCUGUUGAUGUGACGCUGGACUCUGCUUCUUUAACUUGGACUCCUCCUCUGGCUGACAUUGAGGGUUACAUCCUCACCUACAGGGAUGAAGAGGGAAACAUGGAGACUGUUGAAAAGCAGCUUGUAGCCGGUGAGAGCAGCUUUGCUGCAUCAAGUCUUGAGAUGGGGAAGAGGUACAUUGUCACUAUUAUUGCCUACAGGGGCAACAAGAGGAGCAAGGUGGUAGAAACCAUCUUCAAAACAGUUGGUCUCCUAUACCCAUUCCCCAUGGACUGUGUUCAGAUCAUGAAGAACGGCAAUAAGAGGAAUGGUGUCUAUACAGUCUAUAUUAACAAUGACCGCUCCAAACCUAUAGAAGCUUACUGCGACAUGGACACUGAUGGAGGCGGCUGGCUGGUGCUUCAGCGCCGUAACAUUGGCAAGCUGGACUUUAUGAAACGCUGGAGGCAGUACAUUGCAGGUUUUGGCAACUUAACCGAGGAGUUCUGGAUUGGUCUCGAUAAAAUACACGAGCUUACCAACACUCCUACUCAGUAUGAGCUGAGGGUUGAUUUAGGUGUGGGCUCAGAGAGGGCGUAUGCUGUAUACGACAACUUUAAGAUUGCACCAGUCAAGCAGAAGUUCAAGCUCACCAUUGGCAAAUACAGUGGGACAGCAGGUGAUGCCAUGACCUACCACCAAGGCCUCCCCUGGACUACCAUUGAUUCAGAUAAUGACCUUGCCCUGACCAACUGUGCUCUGAGUCACCGUGGCGCCUGGUGGUACAAAAACUGCCACCUGGCCAACCUUAACGGCAAAUGGGGUGAAACCAGGCACAGCAUGGGGGUGAACUGGGAACCGUGGAAGGGCCACCUGACAUCCCUCGACUUCACUGAGAUGAAGAUCCGACCUGUGGGAGCCCUGUCCAGCAGGAAGAGGCGAUCGCUGGCGGCUAGGGAGAAAAGCAGAAAUGCAAAACUCCAAAAGAAAUAGAAGAGCACCUGUAAACACAUCGGUCCCAUCAGCCUGACAUCACACAAGCUUUUGGUGUUUCUGUACAUAUGUACACAUGCAUGUUUUAAUACUCUAGACUAGAAUACCUACUGGUCUCCCUCUCUGUGUGUCUCAAUUCUUGGACAAUAUGUACACUUUUUAGAAAAACUAAUACCUUAAUAUCUGUUCAUAUGCACAAUAGAAAUUCAAAGAUUUACUGUGACUACAUGAAAGUGGCAAAUGACAAACGUCCUUUGACUUUUUUGACAUUAAUUGAUUUAGUUUAUCACUCAAACUUGAACCUGUUUAUAUUGCUUGUGUUAUAUUUGCUUAUUUCACAUCCUCCAAAGAAAUUGAGUGCAUGGUAGAAAACAAAAAUAGCUUGUCUGUUGUUGGGUUUUUCGUGGAUCAGGUGUAGACCAUUAGAGUUAGCACCCUGAGUUUAUUGAUUGUGAAGCCAGCUGGCUUCGUCACAUUAAACUGCCACUGUGCUUCUAACACUGUCACAUCACAUCAGUUUGUGUGGGACAAGGCCGUCAGUAACAACGGAUGGCUGUCUAGAGACGCCAAAGUGCUCCUGCUUUACAUUCAGAUGACCAAGACAGCUAAUAUCCAUCAAUGUGACGUGCCUUUAUCAAAUGUCAAUAGGAAUGAAGUUUGUUUGCCCCAUCCUCUGGAGCAUAAUGACCAAACUCUAGUUUUUCAAUCUGGAAAGCUGACAGAAGUUAUUAAUACUUCUUUGACUUUGACUUUACUUGAUUACUUUUUUUCUUUUUUUUUACACAUUUUUAUUACAAACUUGGUUUAAGUGACAAGGGCUGAGCACAUCAAUCAACUUUUCUCCUAAUCUGCCAGAUGUUAUUUGAUUUGCAGUCAGUGACUCUCACACAUUACAUUCUCCUAAAAGUUUUUUAACUUCCAGCUAAUCCUUAGGAUCAGGACUUUGAAGGUCAGAAAUGAGGAAAUAAAAACCUGUUUAUCCAUAUUUUAUUUACUAAUUGUAUUCUCAAGCUGACAUUAUAGCUGCUCUUUCAUAUUAAUGCAAUCAUUCAGGGAAUAAAAAUAAAACAUUUUUUAUAUGUGAAAA